AUGCCUGAAAAAGAGUUAAACUACAUCCGGAGCGCCAGCUCCUCCACCGAGAAAAACGGUGGGGUCCACAUAGACGCCUUCGAGCAACAAGACUCACAACAAUUAACUGGUUGGGCCAAGUUCAAGGACGGCUUCAAGAGAGCCGACGCCGGUGAGAUGGGCCUCGACCCAAACUUGUCCCAGGCGGAAAAGAUUGCCGUGAUGACUGCAAACUCUCCAUUGUCCAGAUCUCUUAAAAACAGACAUCUUCAGAUGAUUGCCAUUGGUGGAUCCAUUGGUACUGGUUUGUUUGUGGGUUCCGGUAGCUCUUUGAGAACUGGUGGUCCCGCUGGUAUGUUGAUUGCUUACAUCCUUAUCGGUACUAUGAUCUACUGUACCGUGCAGUCGCUUGGUGAAUUGGCUAUUACUUUCCCUGUUUCUGGUGCUUUCGUCACCUACAACUCUAGAUUCAUUGACCCUUCUUGGGGUUUUGCCAUGGCCUGGAACUACGCCUUGCAAUGGAUCGUGGUGUUGCCUUUGGAGUUGGUGGCAGCUGCCAUCACAUGUAAGUACUGGAAUCAGGACCUUAACUCUGCGGCUCUAGUGGUGAUCUUUUACGUGUUGAUUGUGGCCAUUAACUUCUUUGGAGUUAGAGGUUACGGUGAAGCCGAGUUUGUCUUUUCCAUCAUCAAGGUCUUGGCCGUUACUGGUUUCAUUAUUUUGGGUAUCGUGCUUGUCUGCGGUGGUGGUCCAAGAGGUGGCUACAUCGGUGGUGCCCACUGGCACAACCCUGGUGCCUUUGCCAACGGUUUCAAGGGUGUCUGUUCCGUCUUUGUUACUGCCGCUUUCGCUUUCAGUGGUACUGAAUUGGUUGGUCUUGCCGCUGCUGAAACUGCCAACCCUAGAAAAUCUUUACCAAAGGCUACCAAGCAAGUUUUCUGGAGAAUCACCUUGUUCUACGUCAUUUCCUUGACCUUGAUUGGUUUGUUGGUUCCAUACAAUGACAAGAGAUUGUUUGCUUCUUCCUCUGUCGAUGCCAGUGCCUCUCCAUUCGUUCUUUCCAUUGUCAAUGCCGGUAUCAAGGGUUUGCCAUCUGUGAUGAACGUCGUUAUUAUGAUUGCUGUUCUUUCCGUCGGUAACUCCUCCGUUUACGGUGCUUCCAGAACCUUGGCCGCCUUGGCUGCUUCCAACCAGGCUCCAAAGAUCUUGGGUUACAUCGACAAGCAAGGUAGACCAUUGGUUGGUAUUAUCGUACAAUGUGUCUUUGGUUUGUUAUGUUUCAUCACUGGCUCUGACAAGUCUGGUGAUGUUUUCAACUGGUUGUUGGCCCUUUCUGGUUUGUCCUCCAUCUUCACCUGGGGUUCCAUUAACUUCGCCUUGAUCAGAUUCAGAAGAGCUCUUCACGUUAAGGGUAGAGACACUUCUGAAAUCAGUUGGACUUCGCAAGUUGGUGUUUACGGUGCUUUCUACGGUCUUGGUAUGAACAUCAUCGUUUUGAUUGCUCAAUUCUGGAUCGCCGUCUGGCCUUUGGGUGACAAGCCAAACGCCGAGAACUUCUUCAUGUCAUACUUGAGUGCCCCUGUCGUCUUAGUGUUCUACCUCGGACACAAGAUCGUCACUAAGAACUGGACAUUCUACAUCAGAGCCAGAGACAUCGAUAUCGACACUGGUAGAAGAGAAUUGGACUUGGACUUGCUCAAGCAAGAAAUUGCCGAAGAAAAGGAGUUCCUUGCUUCCCAACCAUUUUACAAAAGAGUGUGGAAUUUCUGGUGUUAA